GGCCUCUGGGUGUUGUGAAGCGACGACGACGCUUUACGGCCUGUAGGGCCGCGAAGAACCUGUAGGACGACAGAAACUUGUGAAAGGAAAGGACGCAGCGUUUGGACUAGGCCGCAGCCAUGCCAUUUUUUGACGUUCAAACACGUUUGGGCCUCAAUGUUGACAAAUGGAUGACAAUUAUGAGUUCUGAACAACCUUACAAAAUGCCAGCCCGAUGCCAUGCUUUUGAGAAGGAAUUCAUUGAGUGUGCCCAUGGAAUUGGUAUGACCCGAGCCAAGAAAGAAUGCAAACUGGAAUAUGAGGAUUUCAUUGAAUGUUUGCAUAGGCGGAAAACGAUAGAACGUUUGGGAACAGUCAUGAAGCAGAAGGAGAAGCUAAUGAAAGAAGGGAAGUAUACUCCUCCACCUCACCACGCAGGCAAAGAAGAGCUAAGGCCUUGAUUGGUGGCUUCACAUUGUUUCACUCUUUAUGAUGGGAUGAAAGUAUACCCUUUUCCACUGGAAAUGUAUAUUUAUUAAGACAGAUACUUUAUUCCAAAAGUUAAAAAUCAGAGUGUAGAAGCUGUUCUGUUUUCCCCUGCCCCCAGUUCUCUCUGUACUUUGUCAUUAAGAUAACCACACCAGGCAAGUUGGUAACAGUGGUUCACACUCUAAUAUGUGAUCUGUGAUUCUGCCUGCAUCUGAAAAUAAGCAUUUUGGAAAGUAAACAUUUACCAGUGUUA